UACAGUCUCCUCGGAACAGUCUCUUGCGACGGUCGUAGGUAGUCGAGAUCGGGCCCCGGGUCCAGGAGAGGAAAGAACAGCACGCCGCCACCGCCACGGGGCCGUCGAGAUCUGCAGCUUGACCAGGCUCAGUCGGCUCCUGGCAGCCUCCGCGCGACGCACCAGGGACCUCGUUAAGAGUCAGGAUUCCGAUCGCGACGAGGACGGUCACCGAUCCGAUCGCGUACGCGACCAAUUGCGCCGAAUUGUUCUACACGCAGGAUCGACACGCGAGUCGGGUAUUAACAGCCGCGUCUUUGAAUUGUACGUAUACUUGUAACCGCAGAAGUACGUAAUAGGUAUAUUAAUCGAAUUGAUAAGCGGGAGCAGCACGCGAGUGUAAAUCGGUUCGCGAAUCGCGAUAUUCCAAUUUCCUAUCGUCUAGCUAACUGAAGCGGAGGUGGUACAUAAGAUACAACCUUCUUUUCCGCAAACAUGGGCUUGACAACAAUAUCGACUUUUCUGGCAAUCUUGACGGUGCAAUUCUCGCUUCUACGAGCCCAUCGAGAGCAUAAGGUGCACAACAUCGUACUCUAUCCCGACAAGCACAGCUGGUGCAAGACAACCCCCAUCAAGCAGGUCGUUACCUCGCCGCAAUGUUCCUCCCAGGAAUUGGAUAAUAACGUAUGCGUGGGUGCGUGCUUCUCUUAUAUGGUACCGCACAGCGAACCUUCAGCACCUGGUGACCUCAUAAGACCUUACUGCGAUUCAUGCCAACCGUUGGACAGCAUCUGGCACACGGUGACAUUGGAUUGCAAAGAUGAGGAGAGCAAGCCGAUCACAAUGCAAAAGCAGGUGCAGAUAAUCACAAAUUGCUCCUGUAGUUCUUGUACCGAAACAUCGAAGAUUAAGUUGGACUACGCACCGCUGCUGCAGGAGCCAUUGCCUGAGGAAAAUUUGGACAAGAAUUUGAACAUCGUCGACGACACUCCGGACAUAUUGCUGACACCAACAAUCGACGCUUCGGGAAAUAAUUCCAGGGAUGUGGUACUGGACCCCGAAAAGGUUCUGCAAUUACUGGGACAGUUGAAGGAACCGGAAGGUGCAGAGAAGGUGAGUCCGGUGAUGAGAGAAAUUAAUCAAGACAAUUUCGAAAACGUUGAGGAACUGCUCGUCAAGCUUGAGAAGCGAGAACCGGAACACAAGCCGCAUCACGUCGGAUCGAUGCAUCGAGGACCCCAUCAUUCCCUUGUUUUGGACCCCGACGUCAAGGAGAAGAUUGACGUUGAACCGCAUCACCUUCAUCCAGCUGUUGCGGGUCAGGAGAUCAGCUACCACGACAAUAUACUCGGCGAAAAGGAUAAAAAGAAGGAUUUCUGAAAAUUAGGGCUUGCUAAACGCCAUUUUAUAAAGUCAUUUUGUACGAAUUGUACGCACUUUGACGCUGGUCGCCAAAAAGGCAACGGAAUAAACUGCCUUUUCUUUUAGGAAAAGAAAGAAACCUUUUCACGUAAUGAAUUAUUAUUACUAUUAUUACAAUUAUUAAUAUUAUAAUAAUGUUCUUAUAUUAAUUGAGCUGUGGUGAACCCGAUGAAGACUACUGAAAAUAUUUCUCUAAGUGCAACUAGGUGGAAGGCAAGGAUUGAAUAGAUCUUAAGUAGAACGCUGGGUAUUUUUCGACAUCUUAUUGUACUUGUUAUAUGUACGUAAAUAUGUAAGCCUAGGUGCCACGGUUUUUUCAUUUCACCUAAUUUUGAUAUUUACGAAUCAAGUAUUGUCACAUACUGAACUAUAAGUGUGAUACGAAUACAGUUUGUAUAUUCGAUUUAGAUGAACGGCGAUCGUUGAAACUAUUUAAAAACUUGCUGAAUUUCAAUAUUUACGUAACAGAAAAAAGAAUUUGGUUCCUAAGCUUUAGUUGUUGCACUAAUAUUUGGGGUGUUAAUGAUUUUAGUUACCAAUUAUGUCUUAUGUAACGCUGGUUUCUACCAAGUAGUCGCUCGUUUGAAUCGAAUAGUAAUCUGUACACGUACAUCGACUAGCGAAAAAAUAAAACACAUGUAUUAUAUAAA